UUUCCGGUUUCGGUGCAACGAACGGCCGCGGCGGCGACAGCUACCGCUUGAACGGCUGCAGAGGAGGAAGAAGAGGAGCAGGGCAAGGCGGGAGUCACAGGCGGGACCCUCGUCAUGGGUCCGCGGACCUAGACCUGCAAAAGCUACCUUCCCGGUGCCGAGCUGGCCUCUGCUCCUUCCUGUGCCCCCCAUGGCUGAGGAGUGGCUGGACUGCCCAGCCCUGGGCCCUGGCUGGAAGCGUCGUGAGGUUUUUCGAAAGUCAGGUGCCACCUGUGGACGCUCAGACACCUACUACCAGAGUCCCACAGGAGACAGGAUCCGAAGCAAAGUUGAGCUGACUCGAUACCUGGGCCCUGCGUGUGACCUCUCUCUCUUCGACUUCAAGCAAGGCAUCCUGUGCUAUCCAUCCCCCAAGGCCCAGUCCUUGGCUCUCCCCAGCCGGAAGCGGAAGAAGCCUUCGAAGCCAGUUAAAGCUCGGAAAUGUCAGGUUGGAUCCCAGAGGGUUGAGGUCAGAAAGGAGGCCCCAAGGGAUCAGACCAAGGCUAAUGCUGACACAGCUCCAGCUUCACUCCCUGCACCUGGGUACUGUGAGAACUGUGGAAUCAGCUUCUCAGGGGAUGGUACCGGAAGACAGCGGCUUAAGACAUUGUGCAAGGACUGCCGUGCGCAGAGAAUUGCUUUCAACCGGGAGCAGAGGAUGUUUAAGCGUGUGGGCUGUGGAGAGUGUUCGGCUUGCCGGGUAACCGAGGACUGCGGGGCCUGCUCGACCUGCCUUCUGCAGCUGCCGCAUGAUGUGGCCUCGGGGCUAUUCUGCAAGUGUGAGCAGAGACGGUGCCUCCGGAUUGUGGAAAAGAGCCGAGGGUGUGGAGUAUGCCGGGGCUGUCAGACCCGAGAGGACUGUGGCCGUUGCCGAGUCUGCCUUCGCCCUCCCCGCCCUGGUCUCAGGCGCCAGUGGAGGUGCAUCCAGCGGCGCUGCCUACGACAUCUUGCUCACCGCCUGCGUCGCCACCAUCAACGAUGUCAACGACGCCCUCCCCUAGCUGUGGCUCCCCCUGCUGGUAAACGUAGCCGCCGCAGAGGGGGCUGCGACUCCAAGAUGGCUGCCCGGCGGCGCCCCCGAACCCAGCCCCUGCCUCCACUUCCCCCAUCGCAGCCUCCAGAGUCCCCAGAGCUGCACCCCAGAGCCCUGGGCCCCUCGCCACCUGCCGAGUUCAUCUAUUACUGUGUAGACGAGGACGAGCUACAGCCUUAUACAAACCGUCGGCAGAACCGAAAGUGUGGGGCCUGUGCAGCCUGCCUGCGGCGGAUGGACUGUGGCCACUGUGACUUCUGCUGCGAUAAGCCCAAAUUCGGGGGUAGCAACCAGAAGCGCCAGAAGUGUCGUUGGCGCCAGUGCCUGCAGUUUGCCAUGAAGCGCCUGCUGCCAAGUGUCUGGGCAGGGUCCGAGGAUGGGGCAGGGUCACCUCCACCUUACCCUCGUCGAAAGAGGCCUGGAUCUACUCGACGGCCUCGUCUAGGCCAUACCUUGAAGCCCGCCUUGGGCACGCCUACAGCUCGACCAGCCCAUGCCCAGACUCCAAUGAAGCAGGAAGUAGGCAGUGGCUUUGUGUUGCCCCCGCCUGGCACUGACCUUGUGUUCUUACGGGAGGGCGCAAGCAGUCCUGUGCAGGUGCCUGUCCCUGCCACAGCUUCCACAGAACCCCUGUUGCAGGAGGCCCAGUGCCCUGGCCUGAGUUGGGUUGUGGUCUUACCCCAGGUGAAGCAAGAGAAGGCGGAUACCCAGGAAGACUGGACACCGGGUACAGCCAUCCUGACUUCUCCUGUAUUGCUGCCUGGCUGCCCCAGCAAGGCAGUAGACCCAGGCCUGCCACUUGUGAAGCAAGAGCCACCUGACUCUGAGGAGGACAAGGAGAAGAGCAAGGAUGACUCCGCCUCUGAUUCAGCCCCAGAGGAGGAGGCAGGAGGGGCUGGCACACCAGUGAUCACGGAGAUUUUCAGCCUGGGUGGAACCCGCCUUCGGGACACAGCAGUCUGGUUGCCAAGGUCCAAGGACCUUAAAAAACCUGGAACUAGAAAGCGGUAGACUGGAGGCUUCUGCAGACUGUAGGAUUCAAGGUGAAAUUUACAGACCGGCUUUAUGAGAGACAACACUGAUCUGCUCAGAGGCUGGACCAUAAAGUGAUUGCCAGGGCUUGUGUAGGAGUCAGUGGGAACUGGAAAAACCUACCACCAAACCAGAGGAGCAGGCCGGUUCAGUCCUUUGAGCUUAUAGAGGAAGCAAGAAAGGAAGAGAAAGAGUAGGAAGUUGGUGCAUCUCUUCCAAAUGGUGCAAAUCCUAGAAGCCUGAGCAUAAGUUUGAAUAAUAGGGGUGGAGGGGCUGGGGCUGGGGGAUAGAAUUAGAGCCACCAUAAAACAACCUAAACAAGCCACCUUCAUAAAUCAUGUUAACUGGCUUCUGGGUGAGACCUGGCAGUGUCUAAACAUUUCCUCAGGGAGACAGCAAUUGAAAAUGUAAUGUGAAUAAAUAAGGAAAGGAACUGCAAUUUGGUGAGUUCUUCCUUAUGGACCCAGUUUAUUUCUUAGAACAGUCUUUUUAGGAAGACACUGAUUUUGCCCAUUUUUGCAGAUUGUAUAAAGACUCAGAAAUUAAAUAACAUAUCCAAUGUCAAAUAGCUAGUAUGGAUAGAGCCUAGAAUCAAACCAGGUUGUAAAAGCCUUGUUCUUUAAGCCACUAACCUGUAAACUGUAAUCCUGAGUUCAAUAAUGUGUUACAAUAUAGUAACAAGUUUCCAGCGACUCUGAAAACAAGGUGGAUUAAUUUAAGCAUUAUAACAUCCCUUGCACUGCUGUUUCUAGCGUGGUUGAGGGAGUGCCACAACUAUGUGAAUGGGGUCACCUUGUUAGAGCACCUGUGCAUCCAGAGACUGAAUUCUUUCCAGGCCUCUGGUGUGGCAUAGGGUUCCUCAAACUCUAAAGGGCAUACUUCCCCACUGGCUGCUGUCCAUUUUGCUUGUUUCCCUCCUCAGCCAAAGCAAUCUUUGAAAGCAGGGCUGCCAACUUGGCUCAUCUAUCUUGCCAACUUGUGUCCCCUGUUCCUUGACAUUUGUGCUUAAUUUCUGCUCUCAGCCCCUGUUUACUAGGAGUAUGAGUUCCUGCUUCAAGUCCUGUCAAAGGGCCAGUCUUGGCUCAGCCCUGCCUCACUUUCCAAUACUUUGCUUAGUGCUGAAAGUGAUUAGACUUGAGAGUCAUUAAUUAGCCAGCUUUACAAGGCUGGGACUGUGUGCCCUCUUAAAUUUUGUAGCUUAUGUGCCUCCCUUGCCUUACGUUAGUUCCAGCCUUGCAGCUGUAGAUAAUUCAGAUGUAGAUUAGCUAUUUCCCUACUAUAACUCAUGAUAUAGCCCUCUGCUACCCUCCUCUGCCCCUUUCUUUUCCUCGUCCUACCUACUUCAGCCAGAGUUCACUGGAUAAUUUUCUGCUAUUGUUUUGCUCCCCCCAGGAUCCAACCACCCAGCCCUAGUAUUCCUGUAAUUUUUUACAAUGAUGUCCUAAGUGAAAUUUAUUUGAUUGGUAUUCUGACUAAUGAAAUAAGGAUCUGGUUACCAUGUGUAUCAGGGUACAAUUAGAAA